AUGGUCGGUGGAAGCUACUUGACACCAGCCUACGGAAGUCUGGCCAAUGUCAAACGAUACUUCCCUCACGUUCUGAAGUCAAAGAAUGAAGUCUCCCAACAAUCUCCUUCGCCUCAAGGUGGACCGGUCUCCUCCAAACGCAAGCGAACUGUCAGCCAUUCGGAGGCCUCGCCAAACUCAAAGACGUCAAACCACAUAGGUUCGCCAAUGAACCCCGUGGACUUGCUCGAGGACGAUGACGACCCGCAAACCACCAUCAAAGAAGCAUACGUCUCUAGUCACAACGACGAUAGCCGCUCACCGCACUUAAGCAAUCGCAACAACUCGGUCAUCGACCUUACGAUAGAUGACUACAUGACAGACGCACAGUUGCGGGCCUACGUUCGAAGACUAAGCAUCCAAGAAGAGAAAGACGAGCAGGCAAGGUUGAGCAGACGCACAAACAUAUCAGUCCAUUCAAACCAGCACCCGCGGUUCAAAUGUGCGGCAGGUAAAUGUGUCGAGCUCAAGGAUGGGUCCUUCCUACGUAUCACUCGAGUUCAGAAAGAUGUGGCCGGCAAAAUCUUUGUCGCCGGCGACCACCUCGUUCGGCAGAACUUUAUGGGCCUGACCAUGUCCAAGCGUCGAAACGAGGUUGUGUUGGAGCACCAACCCGCAGUCCCAGGCCUUGACAGAGCCACACACGAAGUCUCGAUUGAAGAGGUCCUGAGGAACCGGCACAUCAUUUUCACCAACCAGCCCUUUCCCACCGUCAGUUCUCGCGAUGACCAGGCCUCCUUCUCAGAUCCUACCCAACAAGUUGAACACGGUCCGCUGUUUUGCCGCUGGGUUCACACAACUGUGCUAGAUACCAGACGGCGAUCUAUCGAGCAAAUCAUCGAGCACCUGGAUCCUGCUGGUGCAAACGAUACCAUACGAGUUGCCAAUGAUGGUCAUACACGCCAAACUCGCAUCUCGACGGUAGAAGCUCGAUAUCUCUGGCGUGGAAUUGACACAACUCUAGGCGGCAGCAACACCUCCCGGUCCCGCACCUUCGAUCUUAACGGCAGGGCCACGGUCGAGCAAGUACAGUCUUAUACGUUCGGUGAUGCGUUUUGUGGAGCUGGCGGAACCUCACGAGGCGCCGUUGAUGCGGGCCUCAAGCUGCUGUGGGGAUUCGACAACAAUCUUGAGGCUAUCGAAACGUACAAGACCAACUUUGCUCGUUGCGGGGCCGAUUGUCGCCUUGAAUCUGUCAAUGAAUUCCUUUCCCGUCUUAUGAAGCUCUAUGACUUGAGCGGAGUUCGAGUGGACGUCCUGCACAUCAGCCCUCCCUGUCAGCCGUUCUCGCCGGCACAUACCAUCCCGUCGCCAGAACGCGAUGAGAUGAAUCAGGCUGCUUUACCCUCCGUUUGGCAGCUGGUGGAAACAUUGAAGCCGAGAAUCGUCACCAUUGAAGAAACCGAAGGACUGUUCUCGCGACACAAGGAGUGGUUCUCUCUCCUCAUUAACACGUUCACCACCCUCGGCUACUCCGUCCGUUGGAAGGUUGUGCAAUGCAAUGAGUACGGGGUACCUCAGACCCGAAAGCGGCUUCUGGUGGUCGCCGCUGGGCCUGGCGAGAAGCUGCCACCUUUUCCCGAACCAACUCAUGGCGCGGCUGACACCGGCCUCAAGCCAUUGGCCACCAUCAACAGCGCGAUGAGCAACAUUCCUCACAACGCUCUGAAUCAUGACCAGAGUAUCCGAUUUGAGAACGGUCGGCGACCACCGCUCGAUGGCAACGUUCAAGCAAAAACCAUCACUACCAAUGCCGGCCAAGGUAACUAUCACCCUUCCGGUUUGAGGCCUUAUACACUUCGCGAAUUGGCAAGACUGCAGACAUUCCCGUUGUAUCACUCGUUUGCGGGUGCAAAGGGAGUCACCGAGGCCCGUCGACAGAUCGGCAAUGCGGUACCUCCUGUACUGGCGAAAGCAAUGUUCAGAGCGAUCGUGAAGUCUUUGAAGGAGAGUGACGGAGUGUGA